GGCUGCGCCCGUGUUGGCCGCGGGCCUGCUCCUGAGGGGAGGCGGGCGCCAUGGCGGUCCUCUUGGAGACGACUCUGGGCGACGUGGUCAUCGACCUGUACACCGAAGAGCGGCCGCGCGCUUGCUUGAAUUUUCUGAAGUUGUGCAAAAUAAAAUAUUACAACUAUUGCCUUAUUCACAAUGUACAGAGGGAUUUUAUCAUACAAACAGGCGAUCCUACAGGGACUGGCCGUGGAGGAGAGUCUGUAUUUGGACAACUGUAUGGUGAUCAAGCCAGCUUUUUUGAGGCAGAAAAAGUGCCAAGGAUUAAGCACAGGAAGAAAGGCACUGUGUCCAUGGUGAACAACGGCAGCGACCAGCAUGGGUCUCAGUUUCUUAUUACUACAGGAGAAAAUCUAGAUUACCUUGAUGGAGUUCAUACAGUGUUUGGUGAAGUGACAGAAGGCAUGGAUAUAGUUAAGAAAAUCAACGAGACCUUUGUGGACAAGGAUUUUGUUCCAUACCAAGAUAUCAGGAUAAAUCAUACAGUGGUUUUAGAUGACCCGUUUGAAGACCCUCUUGAUUUAUUAAUUCCUGAUCGCUCACCAGAGCCUACAAGGGAACAACUAGAUAGUGGUCGAAUAGGAGCAGAUGAAGAAAUUGAUGAUUUCAAAGGAAGAUCGGCUGAAGAAGUAGAAGAAAUAAAGGCAGAAAAAGAGGCUAAAACUCAAGCUAUUCUUCUGGAGAUGGUGGGAGACUUACCUGAUGCAGAUAUUAAACCUCCAGAAAACGUGCUGUUUGUGUGUAAAUUAAAUCCAGUGACCACAGAUGAGGACCUGGAGAUAAUAUUCUCAAGAUUUGGACCAAUAAGAAGUUGUGAAGUUAUCCGGGAUUGGAAAACAGGAGAGUCCCUCUGUUAUGCUUUCAUUGAAUUUGAAAAGGAAGAAGACUGUGAGAAAGCAUUUUUCAAAAUGGAUAAUGUACUUAUAGAUGACAGGAGAAUACAUGUGGAUUUUAGCCAGUCAGUGGCAAAGGUUAAAUGGAAAGGGAAAGGUGGGAAAUACACCAAGAGUGAUUUCAAGGAAUAUGAAAAGGAACAAGAUAAACCAUCCAAUUUGGUUCUGAAAGAAAAAGUAAAGCCCAAACAAGAUGCAAAAUACGAUCUUAUACUGGAUGAGCAGGCAGAAGAUUCAAAAUCAAGUCAUUCACACACAAGUAAAAAACACAAAAAGAAAACAUGUCACUGCUCUGAAGAAAAAGAGGAUGAAGAUUACAUGCCAAUCAAAAAUCCUAAUCAGGAUAUCUACAGAGAAAUGGGUUUUGGCCAUUACGAAGAAGAAGAAAGCUAUUGGGAGAAACAAAAGAAUGAAAAGAGAGAUCGCCGUCAGAACCGCAGCCGGAGCCGAUCUCAAGAAAGGGAUGGUCACUAUAGUAACAGCCACAAAACCAAGUACCAGAAAGAUCCUUAUGAAAGGGAAAGGAGUAGAAAGAGGGACCGAAGCAGAAGUCCAAAGAAAUCCAAAGACAAGGAAAAAUCGAAGUACAGAUGAGCAGUGGGAGCAACUGGCUAGCAGGUCUGCUGCUGCCUGACUUGAAGCACUGGCAGAUGCACUCAGAGUUCCUGCCCACACAUGUGGUUCCAUGUUAGGUCAACCCCGAUGACACGUGUGGGGCACUGGAAGAGAGUGGUAUCUUUUGUGUAUAGUUUUUUAUACAAAUUUUAUUGUUAUGCAUACAUGGUAAUGUUCAUAUUAAACAUCUUUCAUAUUUUUAGACUUUUUUAAGUGAAGCGUUUCAUACCACAGGAGUCCAUAAACUUGUAUGUAAGACAUAAAAUGCAGUAAAUUAGAAGUGUGUGUGUACUUGGCCACAGGUAAAAGAUACAAGUGUCACUUGCUAUGGACAUCCCUUAUGUCCCUUUUCCCUCCAGGGAUUAUCAUUCUGAGUUGUGUUUGCCCUACUGUUAGUUUUGUAUAUUUUGAAUUUUAUAUAAAUGGCACGAUGUAUUUUUAUUCGGUAGGUGGAGUGAAUGUAGUGCAGUCGCUCUCGUGCUGGGCGUUGGCUGUUUGCCAGUUUUUGCUAUCUAAGCCAUGCCACUGUGAACAUUUUCAUCUGGACGUGGUACAGUCUAGCCGUGUGCUUUGAGCUUUCAAUGCGCUUAUACUUUACAGUUGUUGUAAUUUACCCGGUAUGUGGAUUUGUAUGGGGGCAGGAUAGCACGAGCGUAUCAUUUCACCAUACAGCUUAGAGCAGCCGCUGCUGCAUGUAUUCCUGACCACCGCUAGGGAAGGUAACAUAAGAAGCCGGCAUCCUGGCUGGGGAUAGCCCCCUUCCCCGCUGGCUCACAGGCACAGGACUGAGCUUGGAUCCUCAGCACCACAUACCCAUGCCAGUGUGUGCUUAUAAUCCCAGCACGGGGCACGAAGGAGCAGGUGAAAGCUCCGGGUAGUGAGAAAUCUUUUCUCAAAAACUGAUGGAGAGCGUUGAGGAAGACACCUGACACUGACCUCUCACCUCCACACCUGUAGAACCUUGUGCGUGCCUAUACACACACACAAGUAAAGAAACCGCUACCCUGGAUAGAGAACUGUAGGUUCUGGUGUGUGGUCUGGAAGGAUGGGCAAGAGCCAAGCUAGGAGCAGUGAGGGGAGGCCGCCUACUGACAACUGAGACUUGAUUUAAUGGCUCUGUAAUGUCAAAAUGGUAACAUGUAUGCACCAGCGUUUCAAGGAAAAAUCCUUGAUGGCAGAUGAUAAGAAGCUGCCGCCUUUUUCCUAUGUAUUUGACAGUAAUUUUAUAUACUUAUGGGGAUGCAAUAUGUUUUGAUAUAUGUUCAUAUUCUGGAACAAGUAAAUCCAUUUACAGACAUCUGUCA